UUGCUAUUUAAAGCGUUGAGGGCCUAAGUGUUUGCCUCACACACUUGCCUUCACUUCCAUCUUCACUACCAGUACAUUUAGCUAGGGUCUCAGGUUGUUGCAAAGGAAGCCGCCAUGGCCAGCAAGAUGGUGCGCCAAGUAGCUAUCAAGUCGGACGGUGAUGUGUUCCAUGAGAUCUUCACAGAUAGGCCUCACCAUAUCUCCAAUAUGGCCCUGGCUCACAUCCAGGGCUGUGCUUUGCAUGAAGGUGAAUGGGGCAAAGUUGGCUCCAUCGUCUUCUGGAAUUAUACUCACGAAGGGAAAGAGAAGGUUGUUAAGGAUGUGAUAGAGGCAGUAGACCAGGCAAACAAGUCGGUGACAUACAAGGUGAUUGAAGGAGAUCUGAUGCAGCUGUACAAGAGCUUCUCCCUCACAGUUCACGUGGACACAAGUGGCGUCGACAACCUCGUCACAUGGACCUUCCAGUACGAGAAGCUCAAUGAUAGCGUCGAAGAUCCAAACUCACUCAUGGACUUCUGCAUUAGCCUCACCAAAGCGAUUGAGGCUCACCAUCUCAAGUAAUUAAUCUAUUUAAAUGAUAAGACCAUGAUAUAUAUAUAUAUAUAUAUAAAGGCUUGGGAGUACUGUUUGUGGUAAAGUGCGUCUACUCCCAAUUGAGGGUUGGAUGUGGAGAAGAAUCAUAUUUCACUUGUUUUUUCGAUGCAUAAUAACACAUGCAUGUGAUUAAUGCACUUGUUUGUGUAAUUAAUGUCAAGUUGAGCACCUGUAUAAUUAUUUCACUUGUGUAAUCGUAAUCUACUUGUUUGUGUGAUGUUGAGUUGAGCCUUAUGCACAAUCUCCUAUAAUUUUAUGAUGAUAAAAAUAAUUUCAAGCCUUUA